CCCAAAGUUCUUCCAUAACUAAUCGGAGCCUGUGAUUGCUUUGCUGUGCUCUGAGGAGCUCUCAUAAUCCCUUUCCCCUCCGGGAAGCGGGGUGAUUGCGUGCGGACGAUGGAGCAGGGCGGCAGCCGCUUGGACGACUUCCCUCUCAACGUGUUUUCGGUCACUCCUUACACACCCAGUACCGCUGACAUCCAGGUGUCCGAUGAUGACAAGGCAGGGGCCACCUUGCUCUUCUCAGGCAUCUUCCUGGGACUAGUGGGGAUCACGUUCACCAUCAUGGGCUGGAUCAAAUACCAAGGUGUCUCUCACUUUGAAUGGACCCAGCUCCUUGGGCCCAUCCUGCUAUCGGUCGGAGUGACAUUCAUCCUGAUUGCUGUGUGCAAGUUCAAAAUGCUCUCCUGCCAGGUGUGCAAAGAAAGUGAGGAAAGGGCUCUGGAUUCGGAGCAGACGGCGGGAGGACAAUCAUUUGUUUUCACUGGUAUCAACCAGCCCAUCACCUUCCAUGGGGCCACUGUGGUGCAAUAUAUCCCUCCUCCCUAUGGCUCUCAAGAGCCCCUUGGGAUCAACGCCGCCUACCUGCAGCCAGUGGUGAACCCCUGUGGUCUCAUACCACCUGGAGGGGUGGUGACGGCCACGCCAAGUCCUCCUCAGUACUACACCAUCUACCCUCCAGACAACGCCACGUUUAUUGGAGAGCAAGACUACUCUUCGAUCGUGGCUGGUGGAAAUGACAGGUCCGGCCCUGAUGCUGACCAGCUGGAAGAGACACAGCUGGGAGAAGAGGACUCCACCUGCUUCUCUCCUCCUCCCUAUGAGGAAAUAUACUCCCUUCCUCGCUAGACCAUGAUGCUGAGGGAACAGCAUUUAAGUCAUUGUUGCUGACGAAUGAGGUGUCGGAUGCCGUGACUUUCAGAGUCUAGACAGUAGGACAGCCUCGGCAGCCUGAUGGAGACCGUUCAAGGGGGUGCGGUGGGAGGGGAAAUGGGAACCAACAUGUCUCAGAUUGGUAAAAAUUAGGCCCGGGGUGGGGGGAUAUUUCCUUCUGGUACAGCUGGACAUUCCCGCAUAUGGUUCAUGGGCAGAAAUUUUAUUUCUUUGUCCACAACCCACCCCUUGCCAGGAAGGCACUGGUGUCUCAAUUUGAGCUCCGGCAGCCAAGGGAAACAUCACGGCUGCUGGGACUCUAGAAGUUUCCAUGGAAGUGAGAGUGGGGGGGUGGGUAGCAGGUGGGCAAGAGAAAAUAGGCUCACCUGGAGAUUUCCCAGGGCCGGUUCUCAGCCCCUCAAAGGGGGUUUGCAGAUCCCCAAACAACUCGGUUGCCAUCCGGCGUCCCCUGAGGGCUCUGGGUAUCUUAACGGCUGCAAAACAUUUUAACAGCUGAAUAAAGUAAAAUAACGUCUCCUGUUCAAAAAGUAUUAGGUAGCUGGCUACAAAAUAAAAUAAUAACCAUACAAAAUAAAUAAUAAUAGGAUAAUGAUGUCAAUAAAUCCUUAAGUUAUCACUGGGUCACAAGGACUACUGGCAAGGCUAAAGCUUGAUGGGUCCACCCAGGCUAGGAUCUCUGCUGGACGCAAGCCACCUGGGCCCAGGGACCAACAGAACAUGGGUGCUUCUAUAAGCACCUGUUGAUGAGUUCUGCUCAAUUAGACAAAAUAGAGCCUCGUGUCCAUACCCGGAAAAUCAUGGAUCAUGGAAACAAUCUUUAUGGUCAACAGAAGCUCAUCUUCUAUAUAAAAGAAGUUGGUGGCUUUAAUCUCCCUGAAUCUGAACUGGGUAAUAAACCACCACCACGGAUCGAAGACUUUAGAAGAGACAGUUACGACCAUUGAGUUUUAAAAGAAAAUAUUUUCCUGUCACUCGAGAUAAGGGAGGCUCAUCCCAGAGGAAGACAGGAUUCAGCAAUUCCUUAACGUUUUGGUACCAUGUUCAUGAUUUUUACUAAUUUUUAUCAAAAACAUCUCAUUUUCCAAGGAUAUGAUUAAAAUAUGCUUGGUUUAUUAUUA